AUGGGAUGCCUUCGAUGUUAUAACAAAGUCGAAAAGAUUACUGGUCGUUUAUUUGGACUGUAUGGAACCUUUGUUGCUAAUAAUCCUUGGUCGAUGAUUAUUAUUGCCAUCGUUGCAAAUGUUUUUAUGGGUAUUGGCAUGUCUAGAAUGGAAAUCGAAAAAGAUAUUGAAGUACUUUAUACACCAAAAAACAAUAAAGCAAUGAAAGAUAGGACAAAGAUUGACACAAUAUUUGGUGACAAGUCGGCCACCAAUUUUUUCCCGCAUAGUCAAACUGGAUCGGGAAAUUAUGCUGACAUUAUAUUUGAAGCGCAUGGAAAUAUUAAAACGGAAAACUGCCUUUUAGAAAUAAGACGAGUUCGUGAUCAAAUUGUCAGUUUUACUAUCCCUGAUACUUCCAAUGAUGUUCCCUUGAAAUAUUCCGAUAUUUGUGCAAAGAGAAAUUCCCAAUGUGUGAUCACAGGCAACGAUGUGUUAGGGAGCAAUUUCAAAAAACAUAUUCAUUUUGGUAACAUUUCAUAUCCAUACUUAGAAAAUAAUUUCAUUGGAGAUGUAUUUGGAAAUGUUGAAGUUGCCAAUGGAGUUUUGAAAUAUGCAUCGAUUAUAAAACUUCGAUUUUAUUUGAACAAAGCAUCAUCGAACAACGAAAAAGUAACAAAAUGGAUGGAGGCAUUCCUAAAACAGAACAAGGCUAUAUCGACCAACAUAACGAAGACAUUGUUUGCUCAUAGUGACUCGUUAAACAACGAAAUAUCGUCCAAUUUGGAUGACGAUAUUGUACUCUUCAUCUUGACAUUUAGUUUUAUUAUUUUAUAUGCAAGCUUAGCUACUGCAAACUGGAAAUGCGUCUCAGAUAAGCAAAACUUGGCCAAAUCUGGUGUGUUGGUUACUAUUAUGUCAAUAGUAGGGUCGAUUGGAUUAGUUAGUUCUUUUCAUAUAAAGGUUGUUGAUAUGGUAGGAGUAAUGCCAUUCUUAAUACUGGGUAUUGGAAUUGAUGAUAUGUUUGUGUUGCUAUCUGGGCUAGCUGGAACCUACGACGACAACCCAGAAAUGAAACCCGAGGAAAGAAUAAAGCAAGUGAUGAAAAGAAGUGGUGUUGGUAUAACCAUAACAACCCUUACAGAUCUGAUUGCCUUUUUUGUUGGUGCAUCCUCUUCAUUUUUAAGUGUGAAGAAUUUUUGCAUUUACACUGGUACAUCCAUCCUCCUUUGUUACCUGAACUACUUGACAUUUAUUAUGGGAUGCAUGACACUUCACGAACAGCGAAUAGCCGAAAAUAAGCACUGCUGUACAUAUAAAAAAGUAAACAACGGCAGGUACAAUAAAAGUACGAUUAAAACGUGUAUGUGCUAUGGAUCUAAACCGAAAAAAAGAGAGGAUAUUGAAGGGCCAAUGGAAAAGUACCCACACAAACUAAUUUCGAAAUUUGUAACGAUAAAACCGCUCAAAGUAGUUAUAAUUAUAUUUUUUAUUGCGUUUGUUAGCAUUUCGACAUGGGGAUCUGUUCAAUUUGAUCAAGGUUUAGAUUUGAAAUUGUUGGUUCCAAAAAAGUCAUACCUUUACAAGUUUACCGAAUUAGAUAAAACUAACUUUUCGUAUAAUAUCCCUAUAUCGUUUGUUAUAGAAACCAAGGCGAACUAUUCGCAGGUUGCAACCUGGGAAUUAUUCAAAAAAUUGCAAAAAGACGCCGAAAUGGAUACAGCAAUAGAUUCCACAAAGUCUCUGAAUUGGUUGUUAGAUUUGCGUAUGUCGCCGUUUUAUGAUAACACAUCGGAGGUUAAUUUUACAGCUUCUUUACGUACAAAGUUUCUACCACGCAUGCCACAUUUUCAGAACGAUAUUAUUUUUGAUAAAGUAAGCGGUCUUAUAAAAAGCUCACGUUUUUUUGUUUUUACAUGGCAAACGAAGGAUUCUAAUGAGUACCACGAAGUAAUGUCACGAAUGAGGGAUAUUGUACAAAAUAAGUUUUACAUUCAGUUACUACUUAUUCUCCAUCAUUCAUUUUCUUUGAACAAUAUGAAGUUAUUCUACCAGAAACAUUGA